UAACGUUAGCCUGUCGCUCGAGCUAACAUUCAGCAUGUCUGAGAAGGAGCUGGGGAAAAAGUGGGACCGAUGCCUGGCAGACAGUGCCAUUAAACUCGGUACUGGGCUGGGGUUAGGAAUCGUGUUUUCUGUUCUGUUCUUCAAACGGCACACGUGGCCGAUUUCAUUCGGCUCGGGAGCGGGACUUGGCAUGGCGUACGCCAACUGUCAGAACGACCUGAGGUCACAUUAUUUGCAGCACAGAAGCGAAAAGGAAUAAUAGCUGCAAGUCAUCGAGGGACUGUCGUUUUUAUGUUUGUUUGUUUUUUUGAAUUUGUUCUUUUUGUUUUGUUUUGUCUGUGGGAGAGUCACCAUUUGCACUGUUUUGCAGUUAGAUCCUUAUCUCCCUGUUAAACUGUCCAUCCCUAGUAUGGCUCUGUAUGAUUUAUAUGUGCCUGAUCAGGACAGUCUGUGUUUAUUUAAUAAAAUAAUCAUGAC